AUGUUCUCUCAGGGUGUGCAUGGGGAGGUGAAACAAGGUCCGUCCUACUGGGGGCUCAUUAAUCCCGAAUGGAGUCUGUGCUACAAGGGCCGACGCCAGUCGCCGAUCGAUAUCGACCCAGGUCGAUUGCUCUACGACCCGAACCUCAGGGCGCUGCACAUCGACAAGCAUCGAGUCGGCGGAAACAUCACCAACACGGGUCACAGCGUGAUCCUCAAAAUCGACAACGUACCGUUGGCAGCCGACGAGGAGGACUCGGGUUCCGACGGGGUGGACAAACAGAACUACGACCCCUCGCAAUCGUCACCAGACUUCGAAAGCGACGGCAUGGCGAGGAACAUGCAGCAGCAUCGGUCAGCGUUGGCAGCGGGGGUCAACAGGGAAGAGGACCCCUUCAGAGGCGCCUUGCCAGUGCACAAGCCGGUCAACAUCACCGGAGGACCCUUGACUUACAGUUACCAAGUCGAGGAAAUUCAUUUGCACUAUGGUACCCGGGAAAGCAUCGGUUCUGAGCACACCAUCAACGGCCGUGCUUUUCCUGCUGAGGGGCUUUUACCAAACACCGACAGCUACAUUACUUACGAGGGAUCAAUCACAAUGCCGGCGUGCUUCGAAACUGUGACAUGGAUUGUGAUGAACAAGCCGAUUUACAUUACUAGACGUCAGCUCAUCGGUCUUCGACAAUUGAUGCAAGGAGGUGCUCAAGCUCCGAAGGCACCUUUAGGGAAUAACUUCCGGCCUCCACAUCCUACUCAUUACCGUCCAGUGAGAACGAAUAUCAACUUCAAGGAGUCAAAAGAGCGGCAGAGUGGGCGUCACCUUGAUGAGCUUUUGAAGAACACCAUGUGGAAGGUGUUUAAUUGA